AUGAGGUUGUCCAUGUUCAAUGAGUUUACCAAACUCAAGUUUCUUGCAGUUGCGGAAACAAGAUUUGCUAGUGUCAUUGUCAUGUUGAAGAGGUUCUUGCUUCUCAAGGAAGCAUUGGUGCUCAUGGUUGUUGGUGACAAGUGGAUGGCUUAUAGGGAGGACGAUCCAACCAAAACUCAAGCGGUGAAGGAAAAGAUUCUCAAUGAUAUAUGGUGGGAUCAAGUUCAAUACAUUGUUGAUUUCACCGAUCCCAUUUAUUCAAUGCUACGGGCAGCUGACACGGACAAGCCAUGUCUCCAUUUGGUCUAUGAGAUGUGGGACUCUAUGAUAGAGAAGGUGAGAGUUUGUAUCUAUCGGAAGGAGGGAAUUGUGGAUGGUGGUACAAGUGUCUUUUUUGAUGUUGUUCAAAGCAUUUUACUAUCUAGGUGGGGCAAGAGUAAUACUCCUCUCCAGUGUUUGGCACACUCACUAAAUCCAAGAUACUAUAAUCCAGCUUGGCUUAAUGAAGUAUCUGGUCGUGUCAGCCCAAAUAAUGAUGUUGAAAUUAAUACUGAGAGGAACAAAUAUUUUAGAAAGUUCUUUCCGGAUCCAGAUGACUUAAGGAAAAUCAAGACACAAUUUGCUGAUUCUCAGAAGUCCAAUGAUUAUCAAAGUGGACCAAGCCGAAUGUGGGAUGUCAGGGGAGAUGGCACCGAGAGCUUUGUUGGUGUUGGCUUUUUAGAAGGUGCUGAUCUGACACUUGAUGAGCUAGAAUUUGAGGAGAUAUUAGGAGAGAAAGAUUGA